AUGAAGAAUCAAGCAUCUAAAAGAGAUCCUAAAAGUUAAGAAGGUCUCUCCUAGAAGUCACUUCGCAAGUAUCAUCAUGAAAUGAAAAGCGCUCAUGGUGUUAAGUCACUUCAAACCCCUGCGACCUACAUCCUAGCCAUAAUUGCGGCUUUGGUCAUUUAUCACAUUGAUUAAAGAUAUAGAAUCGACAGAUUAGUUGAGAACUCAAAGCAAAAGGUUAAUGAUAUUAAAGAAGAAAUCAAGCAAAUAACUAACGAAGAUAAUGAGCCAACUCAAAUUUCAGGAAUAUUGAUCUUAUCAAUCCUUAUUUUAUCAGCUGUCUUGGCGAUAAAGAGAGUCCAAAAUAAGCGCCAAAUUCCUUAAGUUGAUGAAUCAUCUGAGGAAGUUGAAAAUGUGCUAAUUUAGAGAUAGAUGGAGUCUCAAUCCAUCUUUUGCGAGUAGAUCAGCCUAGAAGAAUACAAUUACUAGGCUUCAUUUGGAACAAAGAAGGAGAUCUUAAAACUUGUUUAAUCAGAUUAAUACAGAGAAGCCAUGAUUGAGAAAGGUAAUAACAUCGAAAAAUGGAACUGGCAAGCUCAAGACAGAGCUGAAGGUAUUUACCCCUCCGAUGAGGCAGACAUUCUAGAUGAAAACAUCAACCAUAUGAAUAGACUGUAGGAUGGUGAGGCAGUAAUCUAUGAUCCAUCUCAAAAAUAGAGAGUUCAAUUGAAAGCAAAUCCCUAAAGCUUUGCUAAGUAGGCUAGUAUCAUGAAAUAAUAAAAUUCAACUCAUACUCAAUCCAUCAGAAAAGAGCUUUCAUAGUCAAAAAUCUAGAUAGUUGAGGAAAAGCCAGUGCAUUCUGACUCUGUUACUAAAUACCUGAACUUUGAUACCCCAAGUCUUAAAAAUAAGAAAAUUCCCACCCCUUCAACCAAAUAAUAUACCCUUAGAUCAAGUCCACAUAUAUUGAGAAGUACUUAUCAAGAACUAAAAUGA